UAUUAUGGAGAUAAUAUAUACGUUUUGGUCUUAUUUUAGAUGAUUGUUUUUAAGAUCUUGCGUUUGGAGGUUAGCCGAAACCUCCCGCUUGGUACAAGAACGUAUCAAUUGGUGCUCUCGUUAUGUCAACCGAUUCUGGCUCCCCGUCGACUUCCCCCGAGGAGCGCAUGGAUGCACUUCAAAACACGAUGCACCAAAUGCAACGUGAUUUGGAAUCGAAAUUUGCACGGCUCGAGGCACUGGUCCUCGCUAAUCGGCCAAUUCUGCCGACACCACCACAUGGUAACUUCGGCGGAGUUCAUGGCCGAUCCCCCACCAGCGACGCUACACCCUCUGGCAUUCAUGGUGGACUGCCCAAACCGAAACUGGAGGCGCCUAAAACCGAUGGGACUGAUCCUCUCCGUUGGCUAUAUAAGACGUCUGUGAUGGAGUAUCAAACGGCGUUUGAAAAUGUCUUGCAACAUGUUACGGAUGCUUCGGAGUCCAAUUUGAUCUCCGUGUUUCACUCGGGUCUUAAACCACACUUGCAACAUGAAAUAUCUCUUCUCGCUCCGGAAACCUUGUCUGAUUCCUUUGCGUUGGCCCGGGAACUUGAGGCAAAACACAUGGCCCUCAUCCGAUCUGUUCAAUCACGAGGCCCAUCUUGGCCUACCAGCCAACCACCUCGGACGACCCCAGCAGGACAGGCUCCCCACGGCCAGCCAACCACUCUGCCGGCAGUAGCUACCGAUCCCACCAAGGUUUUCCCUACUCCUAUUCACCGAUUGACGCGCGCAGAGAAACUUGAAAAGGAUGCGAAGGGAUUAUGUUAUAAUUGCGAUCAGCGUUGGACUAAGGGGCACCGGUGUCGCCGGGUGUUACUUCUCAUCGGGGAUGAUGAUGAUGCUCCGGAUCUCGAGAUCGACGAACCCACCACGUUGGAGGAACCGUGUGUCACAGCGGACAUAUCAAGCCUACAGACAUUGACGGGCCUUUCCACUCCACGUUCACUCCGUCUAACCGGUCAGAUAUGUACUCAUGCAAUUCAUAUUCUAAUUGACGGGGGCAGUACACAUAACUUCAUUCAUCCUAGUGUGGCAGCGAAACUACAGGUUCCUAUAUCUACCGUGCCCCCAUUUCGAGUCUAUGUCGAUUGUGUUGGGCGUCCAGUGGUGACACCAUUGAUUGCGCAUGAUUACGCCAAACUUACCAUGGAGUUCUCUUGGAAGGGCAAGAAAGUCUUACUACGGGGUGACACCAUGCUGCCCCGUGGGGUGAAUCUCCAAACCUUUGUCGCCAUGCAUAGCGUGGGGGUUCCAGCUGCCUACCUAGAGGUCUUUUAUUUGGGCAUGGACUCAGUCUGGAGCAGCACCUUCCCAGCUUACAAAUUGGAGUUGCCGGCGGGCUCCCAAAUACACCCCGUGUUCCAUGUGUCGCAUUUAAAACCCUAUACGGGCAGGCCCGAUGACCUACAGGGGCAGCCCCUUCCGGCUGAAUUCGUGCAUGGAAAUCCUCUCUCCACUCCCCUACGUGUGCAUGCGCAGCGGACAGUGCUUCGGGACGGCAGGGCUGAGGUACAGGGCCUCGUGGAAUGGACCGAUGGUAAUCUGGACGAUGCUUCUUGGGAGCCACUGCAGCCGCUACUGGAGUUGUUCCUUGACCUUCACCUUGAGGACAAGGUGAAUUUUGAAGAAGGGGAGAGUGUUACGCAUGGGGUAUCGGAGGAGACAUGUCACGAGUAUGAGGACGAGCCAACGACGACAGAGCCACAAGAAGUUUCAGCGAUAAUUAUUUUUCGUACCGAGAAAAGCAAAGAGAUAUAUCAAGAAGUUUCAGCGAUAAUUCACGCUCGCCCCUACGCAGUUUUUUGAAGUGAAGUGAAGACUCCGAAGACUUUUAAAUUUUUUAUUGAGUCUAGGAAUUUUUGUAAGGAUGACAACACCUUCUGCAUAAACAAAUUAAUCUUGAGGGAUAAAAAUUAUUAUUUUCUGAGUCAGUUGAAAAAUUAUUUUUUUUCUCUAUCUAAAAAUAUUUCUACCGAGUCAGUUUCAAAAUAGUGUGUCAAAAUUUCUUAACACUAAUAUUUUUUUAAGAUUACAUAAUUUUUUCUUGGUAAGAAAAAAUUACUUUAAAUAUUUUUCGUGUACAUUGUUUGUGUUGGGAUUUUAAGCGCGUAAGAUAACGAAAAAUAUUGAGAACACCAGAAAAAUGAGAGAACAAACACAAGAAGAAUAUAUGAGAGAAAAAUUAUAUUUCCACUACUUCAGGACAAUAUACAAAAAACUCUCCCUUGUUUACAAGGCUAAAUUCCAGACACUCGUAAACAGAUCUUUCCACAUCCUAUGCCCGGAUAUAUUUUUCCGAGUAACUAAAACCAGUUACUCCCUACACUCACCCACACUCACCAAGACCCCUUGGAUUUUCCCGAUGAUAUUCUUGUGUAGAAUUCCUCUCAUGCUUCUCUCUCUACCUUGGUGGUGUGUAAAACCCACACUUACACAAGUACACCGUAGCCUCUCCAUUUUAAAGGGCAAGGAGAAGCACAAUUAUUUGCCCCAAUCAAUUUGCUACAGGAGAGAACCUAAUCACAUGCAUACUUCCAUCUUUUUAACUCCACU